AUGAAAUUUUAUAAUGAAAAGGUGAACAAAUUACGAAGAGCAUUAUCUAUUGGUGAUGUAAAAUCAAAAAUGCUCUUUAAUAACUCCUUUAGAAAUCAAAGUAGAGCAUUUAAAAGAUUAAGUUUAAUUCAUUCAAAGAUUAAUAGGUUAUAUUCCAUAAUAUUUCUUACUUUGCUAUAUGUCAUGCUACAAGUUAUAUCCAUACCACAGGAAGAAAACUAUUUGAUAUUAUAUUUCAAUAAAUUACAUCCAAGAAAAUUAUCGGAACAAGAGUGCGUAAAUUUACUGAGUAACCAAGAUGAUACUACAGAGGAAACAGGAGUAUGUGUAGUAGAAGAAGAAAUAGAGACGACUUCAUAUUGCUUUUGUAUACCAUGUUUCUCAACGAUUAAAGAAAACAAAACUUCCUCCAAAUGUAUAGAUAUUCAACUAAGUACUAGUCUAUGUUGUGAAUGGAAUAUUAUUAUGGAAAAAAUAAAAGAAGAAGAAGGAGAUAAAAUGAUUAUAACAAAUAAUUUUCAGCAAUGGAAAAAUUCUUGGAACGAAGAUAAAUGGAGAGAAUUAUGGACAGAAAUAUGGAAAGGCAAAUGGGUUGAAUGGGAAAAAAAAUUUUCCAAUAGGGAUAAGUUCCUACGUAAAGUAGACAAUUACUGGAAAUCAAAAUUAGGAUCUAUGUGGCUUAAAGGUAAAAGUUAA